GUGGUCGCUAGGUGACCAGCACAGAGUGAAGGAGGCCUCAGACCAGUUUUUUAUUCUCUGAUGCCUAAGGUCCAUAACAACUCCUAGCAGAGAUGAUAGUGACUAAGAAGUGUUUGACAAUACAUAGGAUCCAAAGAUCUAUUGCCAGAUUACCUGCUUUGUUGCCCCUGGUAAGCAGGACACAGUAGGCAAGGCUCGGACACAAACAAACGGUUCCUUUAUCGUUCAUGUAUUCUUUCUUCCGCCUCUUGCUUCCUUUCGAUCUCGCCUCCCUUCUCUUUCUCUCACCACCCUCUCAUUCUUCCUAUGGGGUCAGGAGUGAGGGACCUUUGGCACUCUGGAUGUUGCUGAACGGCCACCACCCCUGGUCAUAGGCCACACUUGCUGGGGCUGAUGGGAGUUAUAGUUCAGCAACUUCUGGAAAAUGAAAUGUUGCCCACACCUGUACUGCAGCUCUCAAGGGACACGUGUCUGAAAUACAAAGUUGGAAAGGGCUAUAGUAAGGAUGCAACAGCAGCAGAGGGAUAUCAUCAUCAUCAUCUUGAUAUCCCUUCUUUAUUCAGAAGGGACUCAAGGUGACUUACAGAUAAAAUAGAAACAGCUGAAAGCAUAUAUUAAAAACAGUCAUUCAGUCUGUCAGUCAGUCAGUCAGUCAACAAAUUAUUAUUAUUAUUAUUAUUAUUAUUAUUAGCCGCCCAUCUGACUGGGUUGUCCCAGCCACUCUGUUUUGUUUUGUUUUUAAUUUAUUUAUUUGGUUUUUCAAAUUACAGUUUUACAAUCACAUAUCCCACAUACUACUUAAAAACAAGAUUCCAAAGAAUCUCCUGGACUUCCUUCCUCCGCUUUGUGGGUCCUGUUGUUAGUCAUUUCCUCCUGCACCUUUUAUAAUAAUCCAAAUCUUUUACAUCUCCGUUAUCUCUAAAAUUCACAAUCUACAAGUGUUAUUCCAAUCCUACUAACAAUUUUAACGAUUUACAAUGGUUUUAUAAAUUAUAAAUUUCCCCCAUUCUUUCUUAAAAUUUUGGUCUUCCUGAUUUCUGAUUCUUCAAGUCAUUUUUGCCAUUUCGGCAUAAUCCAUCAACUUUAUCUGCCAGAGUGGCCCCAGCCACUCUGGCUGCCUCCCAUCAAAAUAAUAAAAGCUCUCCAUCAUUGUACCAAUCACCACCAUGAAAGCCUUACUGUUCUCUUAGGAUGGCUUGAUGUGGGCUUUCCUCUUUCCUCAGAUCCUUGCCAAGAUAUGCUCGGCAUCCUUCUACAGAAGCACCUACUGCACCUUGUGCUUUAUCAACUUCAUGCUGCUUGUGAAUGUCAUGGUGACUCCCUUAUGGCUCCGACACGACUAUGUGGAUGGCUAUUUUGUUUUCGGAUUGUGGGCCAUAUGCAACCAUCAGCUAGAGUGUGAUGACGUUUUUCUCCCCGUCAAUGGUGAGAGACACAAGACUGGUUUCCAUUUUAUUGAGUCCCAGGACAAAUGAGUUAGGAAUGAUCGGGGCUGUAUACAUUCAGUUUCAUGUAAAUUGCAGGGGAUUGAAGAUGCGCUGUUCACAAGAAACUAGCUAUCAUGCCAUAACAGUACUGAUGCUCUUUGAGCUGGGGGUGGGGGGAGGUUUGCUGUGUUUUUGGACCUUCCUUGGGGGCGUGGCUACAGGGUCUCCCAUUAUUAGCUCCUGCCAUUCAGAAUUUACCAGUACAGUCAUACCUCGGGUUACAGACACUUCAGGUUGCGUUUUUUCAGGUUGCGGACCUCCAAAAACCGGAAGUACCGGAACAGGUUACUUCCUGGUUUUGGCGGUCGUGCAUGCGCAGAAGUGCUAAAUUGCACUUUGAGCAUGCACAGACGCGCCACUGAGGGUUGUGGAGGCUGCGGGUUGUGAACGUGCAUCCCGCACGGGUCACGUUCACAACCUGAGCGUCCACUGUCCACCACAGGAUAUGUGAAAUGAGCCAGUGAGAGAGCUUCAUAGCUGAGUGUUGACUUGAACCCUCACCUGUCCACUCCUAGGCUAUGUUCACACCACACAUUAAACAUACUAUGACACCAGACUUUCCAAGUGUCCCUAUUUUUCAGGGACAGUCCCAGGUUUAUAGAAGCCAUCCCAGGUUCUGAUUUGAUCCCAAAAUAUCCCGCUUUUCCUUAGGAUAUCCCCAUUUUCAUCAGAGAAGUGCUGGAGGGUAGGGAAUAGGAUAUCCCUAUUUUCAUCGGAGAAACGUUUGGAGGGAACAUCUCUCUUUUCAUUGGAGAAGUGUUGGAGGGUAUGUGACACCCUUUAAACAGUGAUAACUUCCCCCAAAGAAUUCUGGGAGCUCCAGUUUGUUAAGUGUCCUGAGCUGUCAGGAGAGACCCCUAUUCCCCUCACAAAACUAUAAUUCCUGGAUUUCCCUGGGCAGAGCAAUUGCUCUGGGAAUUGUAGCUUUGUGAGGGGAAUAAGGGUCUCCUAACAACUUUUAGCACCCUUAACAAACAAUGGCUCCCAAAAUUCUCUCCCAGAAGCCAUCACUGUUUAUGAUACUGCUUUAAAUGUGUGCUUUGCAUGUGGCCUAAAGCACUGCACUGCUCCAACUCUAAGUAACCUGAUAUGGUAUAAGGCAGCUUUAUAUAUCAUUAAUUCUUUUACCCUCCUUUCACUUCCUCUAGAAUAUCUGCAUGUGGUUCGUCUCCUUUUGAUACUAGCCUUAAUCAGUGAUUUCGUUGCCCUUUUUUUGUCAUGGGAGCUUCUUGCUCGGGUCAUGAGAAAGGUGGUAUCCGAAAGCCUGCUUUCUUCUGUGGCCCACUUCAGCGCAGGUAUUGUGUAAGCCAUAAUAGCAAUACAUGAUAGAACAGCACUCCCGACCCCCCAUCCCCCACAAACCAGCUAAAAAUCACAGAGCAGUGAGCCUUGGAGGAGUGUUGAUUCAGGAUUGGAGAGAAAGGACCGACUGUGAACACUGCAAAAGGGAGCAAAUGAGAGAGGGGACAGUAAGAGCUGUUUGACAGUGGAAUUUGCUGCCAAGGAGUGUGGUGGAGUCUCCUUCUUUGGAGGUCUUUAAGCAGAGGCUUGACAACCAUAUGUCAGGAGUGCUCUGAUGGUGUUUCCUGCUUGGCAGGGGGUUGGACUCGAUGGCACUUGUGGUCUCUUCCAACUCUAUGAUUCUAUGAUUCUAUGAAUCCUGUGCCAUACGGUGAGGCCUCCUCCCUGAGUGAUAGUCUUUCCCUAGAGCAGGUGUGGGGAGCCUUUGUCCUUCCAGAUACUGCUGAACUACAACUACCAACAGCCCCAGCAAUCAUGACCAAUGAGCAGGGAUGAUGAGAAUUUCAGUUUGGCAACAUCUGGGUGGAGGGAACAAAGGUUCCCCACACUUGGCUUGGAAAGCAGGAGGCAAGUAGCCUCUAAAUUCCCAGGGCGCAUGAAGGCCGUUAUGUCAAGCAAAUUGGCUUUAUAAAUAACUGAACACUACUUUAGUAGGUGUUGUCCCUUGUUUAAGCCAUAUCUCUCUCUCUCUGUGUGAAUUAAACAAAUUGGGACAAGAAGGUCAAAAGUAAAAAUGGAUCUUAUAAAAGAAAAUAGUCCAUACAAUUCAUUUCCUUUCUCUGUUUAAGCCCCAGCUUUGUACACCGAGUGCUGGCAGAUAUAAAAAAUACAUCUGUAUGGACAUGUCUGUAUGUUACUUCUCCUGGUCAAAUAUCUUUAAACCCCUUUCACUUCCCCCCAACUUAUGUGAAGACCUUGGGUUUCCUAUUUCAGUCAGAAACUCACGCAUGUGAAUGAACAAGGCCAGGCUGAGCUGGUCAUUUCUUAUGUCAAGUGCCUUCCUCCUCCUCCUCCUCCUCCUCCUCCUCCUCCUCCUCCUCCUCUUCCCUUUAUCACUGACAGGGAUGCCCAGAGUAGCUGGGGCAACACAGCCAGAUGGGCAGGGUAUAAAUAAGAAAGCUGUUGUUGUUGUUAUACAGGUAUGUGUAUUGCUCAUGCAUUCAUAUUCAUGUCUGCUGAGAAUAAUGCCUACUAAGGUCCAUGGGACUUACUCUCAAGGAAGUGAGAGUAGGGCAAGGGUCAAUUAUCUGUGUCCACACAUUGUUGGACUCCAGCUCCCAUCGGCCCCAGCCAGCGUAGCCAGUGGUUGAUGGAAGCUGCAGUCCAGAAACAUCUGGAGGGCCAAAGGUUGCUCAGCCAUGGAGUAUAGGGCUGACUAUGUGUGAUUUUAAGUUGAUCUUGGGUGUUUGGAAACCUCAUGUCAACUAUUGAUGGAUAUGUAUGUUUAAGGUGUCCAUACCAGAUAAUUCUGAAUAAAAUUAAGGCAUCCAGAAGAAGAGGGAAAGGAGAAUGGGAUCACCACAAAGCCUUCUCUUGUCCUCCUUCUGCCUGCAGGUUUCUUCCUGCUCUGUUCUUUAGUGGUUACAUACAGCAAGCUUGCAAUUGAGGUUGAUUCAGAUGGGACUCAUGCAGCACCAUACCUGGGAUUCUUCGCAGGGUGCUUUGCCUGUUUCCUGUGUUUCCUCUUAGGUAAGUACAGCCCAUACACAGGAGUGGCUCACCCAUGCAGUGGGCACCCCACAGGUGGCAGAGAAAUGGCAGUUACCCUGCAAGAUCUCACAAGCCUGCUGCCACUGUUGUCAUUGUGGGAACGCCGUGACACCUAGGUAAAGGGGGCAGCAGUGGGAGCAGCAGCAGCAGAAGAAGAGUUUGGAUUUGAUAUCCCGCUUUAUCGCUAUGCGAAGGAGUCUCAAAGCGGUUAACAUUCUCCUUUCCCUUCCUUCCCCACAACAAACACUCUGUGAGGUGAGUGGGGCUGAGAGUCUUCAGAGAAGUGUGACUGGCCCAAGGUCACCCAGCAGCUGCAUGUGGAGGAGUGGGGAAGCGAACCCGGUUCACCAGAUUACGAGUCCACCACUCUUAACCACUACACCACACUGGCUGCACCUUCCCAUUUCACAUUAGGCAGCAAAACAGGGCACUCCAACCCUGCCCAGGCACCUUACUUUUCAGAGGGCAACCCUCUCCUUGAAGAGUUGACUGGCACAAGCCCACUUUUAAGAUUAGGAGCCGUCAGAAGGGAGAGCUGCAGGAGACUUGGCGUUGCCCACCACCAAUGAGCAGCACAACAGCCAUGGCACUCCUAGGGGAUGAGGUCCCAUCAAUCCACCCCCACAAUAAAAUAUUUGAGGAAUCCAGAACCCUGCAAAGUUGGUGGCCCUUGCCAUUCAAAUGGUGUGUCAUCUUGUGAUUGAUUAUGUGGGGCGGGGCUUACCUGGGCCCCCAUUAUUUUAUUCAAGUUGGCACCCCUGGUAAGCAACACCUGUUCAGCAGUGUAGUUUGUUAAGGGUGCUGGGAGUUGUAAGGAGACCCUUGCACAGUGCUGCAAUUCCCAGAGUUCUCUGGGAAGAGGGAUGGGCUUAAGCCGCUCUGAGAAUUAUAGCUCUGACACCUUUGCUAGCUAAAUAAAUCAAAAUCAUAUAGCUGAAAUUCUAAAAUUAUUGUUAUUACUUGCUUAGUGGAUUCUGAACAGCAGUCUUGUUGGACUAGUGAUGGCUUUUUUAUUUUCUACUUCCCCUGCACCCAGGAACCCUGAGUCUUCUGCAGCACAGGAGGUGGUUCUUUGGAAAUAAAAUAAUGAAGAUCUAAAUAACACCAGCUGUGGGUUCAAAGGGCAUUACUGUUGGAUCACAUGUGCAGUCUUUGGGCUGUACCCAUCACUGCAGGCAUUCUUCUCCAUAAGCCACAUACCAGUUCCUGGAGCCUGUCUGGAAAAUGGAAAUUCUGUGUGGUGAUGUCACUUAACAGAGUCACUGGAGAUGUUGAAGGACUUCAGCAAGAUACACAUAGCAGCAUUAAAAAUAAACUGUUUGUCAAAUAGAUGUUUCUCAAUCUGAUAUGUAAUGCUAUGCGCACUCACUUUA